GUGGGCGUAAUUUUUGCGUGUUGAAGGCAGAGCUCCUAGAUCUCAUUGCGAAACUUUCACAUUCAGAAGGGCGAUACCACCCUGCCGAGUGGCAAUUUCGAGCGUCGCUAGCAUCACCUAACAAUAUAUUUUCUUCUUGUGGAUCCUGUAACGUGUCUCACACUUGCCCCGCUUGUUGCCGGUCAGACAUGGCUACUCAGUGUGUAACUAAGGUGGAGCUGACUGUGUCCUGUGAAAAUCUCCUGGACAGAGACAUCGGCUCAAAGUCCGACCCUCUGUGUGUCUUGUUAAUGAGCAGCUCUGAUUCCCAGUGGUACGAGGCGGGCCGCACAGAGAAAGUCCAGAAUUGCCUCAGCCCAAAGUUUGCAAAAAAGUUUGUCAUCGACUACUACUUUGAAAUAGUGCAGAAACUGAAGUUUGGGAUUUAUGACAUCGACAACAAAACUAUUGACCUGAGUGACGAUGACUUCCUGGGGCAACUGGAGUGCACCUUGGGCCAGGUUGUGUCCAGUAAAAAACUGACCCGACCGCUUGUCUUGAAGAACAAGUCCCCUGCAGGGAAAGGGACCAUCACAAUCAGUGCAGAAGAAAUAAAAGAUAACAGGGUGGUGAAUUUUGAAGUUGAAGCAAGGAAGCUAGAUAACAAGGAUUUCUUUGGGAAGUCCGACCCUUACCUGGAAUUCUACAAGCAGACAGAAACCGGAUGGCAGCUCGCUCACAGGACAGAGGUGGUGAAGAACAACCUGAAUCCAACAUGGAGACCCUUUCGAAUCCCCCUGCAGUCUCUCUGUGGAGGAGACAUGGAGAAAUCUAUAAAAGUUGAGUGUUAUGACUAUGACAACGAUGGCUCACAUGAUCUUAUUGGAACCUUUGAGACCACAAUGACACGCCUCAAAGAAGCAUCUCGAACAUCUCCGGCUGAGUUUGAAUGUAUCAACAAGAAAAAGAAAGAGAAGAAGAAAGGCUACAAGAACUCUGGUAUUGUGAGCGUGAAGCUUUGCCAGGUGGUGAAGGAGUAUACCUUCCUGGAUUAUAUUAUGGGAGGCUGUCAGAUCAACUUCACUGUGGCUGUUGACUUCACAGGCUCCAACGGGGAUCCCAAGUCUCCUCAGUCUCUGCAUUACAUUAGUCCUAAGGGCGUUAACGAAUACCUCUCUGCUAUCUGGUCCGUGGGCAAUGUCAUCCAGGACUAUGACAGUGACAAGAUGUUUCCUGCCUUUGGCUUUGGAGCCCAAAUCCCUCCCACAUGGCAGGUUUCCCAUGAGUUUCCACUCAAUUUCAACCCAUCAAAUCCAUUUUGUGCAGGCAUUGAAGGCGUGGUGGAGGCCUACAGAAUGUGUCUGCCGCAGGUCAAACUCUACGGCCCCACCAACUUCUCCCCUAUCAUCAACCAUGUAGCCUGCUUUGCUAAGCAAGCCCUCCAGCAGACCACUGCAUCACAAUACUUUGUUCUCCUCAUCAUCACUGACGGAGUGAUCACAGACAUGGACGAAACACGUAGUGCCAUCGUCAACGCCUCUCGCCUGCCCAUGUCGAUCAUCAUUAUUGGAGUAGGGGGGGCAGACUUCAGUGCCAUGGAGUUCCUGGAUGGAGACGAUGGACGUCUGCGCUCUCAGACUGGCGAGGCUGCCAUGCGAGACAUUGUCCAGUUUGUGCCAUUCAGGCAGUUCCAAAAUGCUCCGCGGGAAGCGCUGGCAAAGAGUGUGUUGGCAGAAGUACCGGGUCAGCUGGUGGACUUGUUCAAUACCAUGAAGCUGAGUCCACCCAACUCCAAUCCUGCACCCAACUCCAACCCUGCACCCAACUCCGAUCCUGCACCAAACCCUUCAGGGACCAUCUGAUACGAAGAACGAACCCAGACACAGACCAGUCUCACCUCCUGCAGCUAUAAAGCAGAUCCUAGCUUCAUCUCAUUACACAAUUACACAAAUGUCCUUCCUACACUUUCCUAACUCAGCCCUUUUUAUUUCACCACCUCCAAGUGUCAACAUAGACCUAGCUGUUGUUCAGCUGUAAUUCAGUUCUACUGCAACUUAAAAAAAGAAAAGUCAUUCCAUUAUUUUGAAAGAAUAAGUUGAUGGGCACUAUUAAAACUUGUUUAUUUAAAAAAAAUUAUAUAACAGAUAGACAUAAGCCAAACAGCACAAGGAUUUAUAAGCAUUCAUUGUUUCUGUAGUCCUCACUGAAGCAGGGUACCUGCACUGUGUGUAAACUAGCCUGCUGCUGGUUUUUGUAAUGCAUCAUAAGAGUGUCCAAUUUCUUUUUUUAUGCCUGUUUGAUGGCUCCAGCAUCAAGUUAUAAUAGUUAUGUAAAAUGCUUUUACACAUGAAGAUGAUCUUAUAAGCAUGGUGUCAAUAAAUGCAUUAGGGAACUGGUGUGAGUUAGUGGAUGUUUACAUCUUCAGAGAAAUAGCUGCACCACUACUAGUAGCAUAAUUAUGUACAUAUAGCCAAGUAGCUUUGUAGUUGAUGCUGUUUUGGCACAUAGAGUUCAUAUUUACAUUGUUUAUUGUUGCAUAUGCUUUCCUAUGCAUUCACCUAUAAUAACAUGUACUAGAACGACCUAGGAUUUUGUUAUUUUACCAAAUUAAAUGCCAAACUGUGUGUGUGGGUUAUAAACCCCUGUAACCCAGAGCUGUUUAUACCUUAAAGUAUGAAUCAGAAAUAUUGUGAUAACUAGAAAGUAGUCUCAUUGUAGGUUUGAUGGCAUUGUGCCAGUCUCAUCACUAAUGUUUGGUAGACCACAGUAAAGUUACAUUGUGCCAAUUACUUUUGGUUACUUUGCCUGUCAUAUAUAGAUUAGCAAAGACACUAUGGGGUAUUUCCCUGGACAAGGACCCAGACUAAGGAAGGGUUUUUCCAAUGAUAUGGUCAUUGACUUUACAUUUAGUUUAGGUUUCAUCUCUGUUGGGCAAAUGUGUCUUAUAUAGAAAUCUAUGCAUGUUUACUUCAAGUGUGUAUUUCUGUUGUGAUUUGUUAAUUGUUUUUAUAUGGUUGUACAAUGAAAUCUAUAAAACAUGUAUCUGAUGUAUCCUGUCGUGUACCAGCUUAAGUGCUCUAACAGAAAUGGGUAAUGUGGCUUAGUGUUAACCUACAGAAACUGCAUCAAGUUUGCUAAUAAAGCACCUCGUAUUCAAUACAAA